CGUGGACUGGCAUAAAGGAGUUGUUCAGAAGAGGUUUGCAGGACGGAGUUCACUGGCACCAUGGGGAGAAUCCUAGAGUUGAUAGUUGUUCUCUUUGGGGCCGGGGUUCUCUCUGCCUGUCCCGAGAAAUGCUUUUGCCUUUCAAAACUUGUCGACUGUCGCAGCACUGCCCUGCAGACCAUCCCAGUGGAUAUCGAUCCCAGCACACAGACAUUAUUCCUGGAUGGAAACUCUCUGACUAGAAUUCCUCUCGAUUCCUUCAGGAACCUGAGACAGCUGAGCUAUCUCGGUUUAUCCAGUAACUGUCUCCUCCUUCAGAGCAACAUCUUCGACCCUCUGCCAAGACUGCAGGCUCUGGAUCUAAGUGCAAACCACCUGUCAGAACUCCCAGAAGAUCUAUUUGGAAACCUCUCCAAUCUCACCUGGUUAAACCUGGCCCACAAUAACUUACACAGCCUGCACCUAGGGAAAUCACUCACUAAACUGACCUACCUGGAUCUCUCCAACAAUAACCUCACAGUGUUCCAAGAAACAUUCGAACAUUUUCCUCAACUCGACACUCUGUUUCUCAACAGUAACCAACUCAAGACACUCCCAGAGACAGGUUUUAGUCAACUGCUUCUCCUCAAAAUACUUGACUUGUCAAACAACAAGCUUAGCUCCCUGCCUUCCCAAUUCCUCAAUCACCACCACAAACUGACCGACCUGCGAUUAGACAAAAACAGAUUCAAAACCUUCAGUGCAACUCUCUUCUCCCAACUGCAUCAUCUCCAGGAUCUGACCAUCUCCGGAAACAUCAUCAGUUAUUUUCCACCUAAACAGUUUGCUAACUUGACAAAGUUAUUGAAGCUCGACCUGUCCAACAACUCAUUAACAUUUCUCCCACUGAACUUCCUUUCCGAUCUCAGAGAGUUGCAACUGUUAAAACUCUCUGACAAUUUCAUUGACACCCUGGCAGCUGACGCAUUCAAAUAUAAUCUGAAACUCGUCUAUCUGCAUUUAGAUAGCAACAACCUCAGAAGUCUGCCGGUAUUUGAUGGGCUUUCACAGUUAGAAGAGUUGACCCUCUCCUUUAAUAGGCUGCGAGGCUUUCCAAAUGGAUUUGCUGAUAACCUGGUAAAGCUGAACUGUCUCCAAGUCACUGACAACCUCAUUGAGCAAUGGGAUAUCAGAGUGUUUCCAAACAUCACCUCUGUGCUCCUGAGGAACAACCCUAUUUGCACAGUUAAGGGCUCAGGAAGACAAGCCACCGACAUUGACUGUACAAAGGCACAAUGUUAAUCAGCUUGAAAAUGAUUUUGAAAAGAAUCUCCUUUCAGUUUUAUGUUUUAAAAUAUUGCAGAUUUGCCUCAGCCUCUUGGUAGCGUGAGAACUUGCUGAAAAGAGAAACAUUUUUGAAACUGGAUCAACAUGCUGAACAACUGGUUCACAUUGUUUCUACGCAGUGGCCCCAUGAAGGGUAUUUUCCACCAACAGGAUGUAGCUAUUUUGUCACACAAUUAAGCAAGGUCCCUGCAUGAUGUCAGGGUCAUAGGCCAUGGACCACCAGUGAUUGGCUGAUCAAGUCAAACAGGAGCUCUCUCCCCAGUAAGUCUAGAUCCAAUCAGAGCCAACUUGUCAAUGAAUCAACACCCUUUCCUCCUGUACUGUAAAUUGUUGUGAUGGUUUGAAAUUUGGUAUUGUUGCAUUAGUCCUGAUGAGGGCAAAGCAAGAAGCUCAGAAACACACCUGCUUUUUGAACAACAUUGACUAUUAGAAGGAAGCAAUAGGGCUUGGCUAGUAAUGAGCACAUCACAUUAAUAAAUGUUGUUACUUUCAGAUCAAAGUCUUGGUUUAUUAACACCUGCAUUCUUAUCUUCAAUUGUGAACUCUGCAAAGACCCAAAAAUCAUUGUCCCUAAUGUAACCCUGCACUGUUUUCCCCAACCAACCUUCUCUGGAGCAAUUAGGGAUAGGUAAUAAGUGCUGACCCAGCCAGUGACACCCAAUCCCAUCAACAAAUUAGAAAGAAAAACAUUAUUUAUUCUGAAGAAUGAAAAUAAAGCAGAAAAAUGUAUAUUGUAAUCAUGCCUCUUACAGCCUCAAGAAGUCCCUGAGAUAAAGAAAAAUGUCUUCACCUAGAGAGUGGGCAGUUUGUGGAAUUCUCUGUCCCAGAAAGUGGUUGAGGCCAAAACACUGAAUAUUUUCCAGAAGGAGUUAGAUACAGUUCUUUGGGCUAAAGGGGUCAAAGGGUAUGAGGGAGAAAGUGGGAACAGGGAACUCAGUCGGAUGAUCAGCCAUGUUCCUACUGAAUGGCAGAGCAGGGCUGAAUGGCCUACUCCUGCUCCUAGUCUCAAUGUUUCACAGCAGUUUCCAACUACAAAGGACUUUUGAAGUAAGUUCCCUGUUGGAAUAAAAGAGACAAAAGGAACUAAUUUUCACACAGCCAAAUCUCAGAAGCAGCACUGUGAUUUUUUUUAACAUUCUUUUACAUUUAAGUGCUGCCGAAAUUUGGGCCCAGUAGCUUCCAGUUAUCAUCUGAUAAGGUACUACACAUUAGGCCACUUUUAAGGGAAGAGCCCAUGGUACUGGGGGCUGUUUGUAAGCAUGAAUAGAGGAUUGGCUAACUGGUAGAUGCCAUUGUUAGGACAAGGGAGGCAUUUUCAGGAUGGCAACCUGUAACCUAUCAAAGGGAUCAGUGAUGGGGCCACGAUUACUUCCAAUCUAUAUUGAUAUCAAAGGAACCCUGGUGACUUGCUGAUAACAUGCCAGGGACAAUAUCACUUCACAGUGUGCCUCCCGCAAGGACUGCAAUUUGACCAAAUAUGACAUGAAGUAGCCCUAUCAAAGCUAGAGUCAAUGGAAAUCAGGAGAAAACCCAUCCAUUGGGUGGAAUUAUGCCCAGCACAUUGUAAGAUGAUUGCUGCACAAAUAAAAACAGAAAUUCCUGGUGAAACUCAGCAGAUCUGACAGCAUAUGUACAGACAGAAACAGAGUUAAUGUUUGAGUCCAGUGACCCUUCUUCAGAAUGUUCCAAACCGAACAGAAGGAUCACUGGACUUAAAUGUUAAUUCUGUUCUGUCUUUACAAAUACUCCUCGAACUGCUGAGCUUCUCCAGCAAUUUCUGUUUUCACUUGUUUCAGAUCUCCAGCAUCCACUAAUGUUUUGCUUUAAUUUAACAUGGUUGUGGUUGUUGGAGAUCAGUCAUCUCAGCUCCAGGACAUCUCUGCAGGAGUUGCUCAGGGCAGUGUGCUCGGCCCAACCAUCUUCAGCUGCUUCAUCAAUGACCUUCCCUCCAUUAUAAGGUCAGAAAUGGGGAUGUUCGCCAAUGGUUGCAGGAUGUUCAUCAACAUUCAUGACUCCUCAGAUACUGAAGCAGUCUGUGCCCAAAUGUAACAAGAUCUGGACAAUAUCCAGGCUUGGGCCAAACACAUUCAAACCACACAAGGGCCAGACAAUGGCCAGCACUUGCAAGAGAGAUUCUAACCACCUCUCCUUUGUAUUCCAUCACUGAAUCCCCAACCAUCAACAUCCUGGGGGUUACCAUUGACCAGAAGUUCAGCUACAGAACAGAGAGAGCUGGCAUCCAAGUUCAGAAAAUGAUAGGGGAAGUAAAUGGAAUAUUCGUCUUCAUUUCAAAGGUUUUGGAGUAUAAAAAUGUGGAGGUUCCACUAGACCACAGCUGGAACGCUGUGAACAGUUUGGGACCCGCUAGUUUGAUGUAAACUUUUUGUUAUAGCCGUUGAGGUCAGUUUUUGAACACACUCACAAGAGGCUGCUGAUGUACUCUGAACACGAAGUAACAGUGUUCAAUGAAGAAAGGGAAACAUGAACUAUAUUCCACUGGAGAAAUCAGCUGUCAACAUAUCACUACAAACACCAGAAAAAAGAAUUCAGAUGCACAUUAUUCCUGCAAUAUCUUUAGAAAAGCCAACCCUCACCAAAGGUUACCACCAUAUCCACAUUUUGCCUGGCACACUGUAAUCAAUUUCCUCCCAGUGAACUUCUGUGCUGCCACAAGAAGUUGAUUUCCUUUAGCUGAGCCAAUAAACUGUAAACAAUUUACUUUAAUUCAGAGCAAAUACAGGAGUCCACUAACCCCACUUCCAGCAGUUUUCUUGCCAGAGAGUUUAACAGUUCAGCCUUCCAGUAUCUAGCACACCCGUCUAGACUCACUGCUAUCUGCACAGUUCCGUCUCUCAGUGUGAUUCUGGACCUCUGUCACUGGGCAAACUGCACAUUUUAUUUUCUUGGGGCACUCUUUACUGCACUGACCUGUUAACCCCCAGCUAUCCAAGACAUGGUUGUAAAAUCUCACUAAAUUGCAUGUAAACUACAUACUUCCACACACUUCAACACCAAGCUCACAAGAAUGCUCAAAAACGAAAUGAAACUAUGUUUCCCCCUUGUUAACUCAAAAAAUAUAAAAUACAAAUUAAAGUUGUCCUUAACAAACA